AUGGCGCCAGGACCAGAGCGCCGCUCAGCCAGCUCGCCUGACCGUGCGGAGCCCUACAGCGAAAAGGACAAGGAGGCGGCAAAGGGAGUGGCAGCUCCUCACGCAGCUGACGCCCUGCCUCCGCCACCAGCCGCUGCGGCCGCGGCCGAGGUUCUCCCCGCGCCCCCCGCCGCGGCGCCCCCGGCCGACGAUGCGGCCCUGCAGCAAGCCGCCUUCAAAGCGGCGAUCGCCGCAGCGACAGCCGCCGCCGCGCAGGCGGCGGCGAUAGCGCAGGCGCGCGCCGCGGCCGGGCCGCCGCGCACCGGCGCCGGGCUCGCGCCCAUGCCCCCGCAGGAGCCGGGCGGCCCGACCUUUGUCAAGGUGUCUGCCAACAGUCAAGUGAAGCAGGUGGCCGGGAAGGUGGCCCACACCUGCCGCGCGGGCGACGCGCCGGCGAUGCUGGCGAUCGGCAGCAGCUGCAUCAACCAGGGCGUGAAGGCCAUCGCCACGGCGCGGGGCUACCUGGCCAACGACGGCCACGACCUGACGUUCCAGACGGCUUUCAGGGAGGGGGGCACCCCCGAAAAGCCGUCAGUGGCGAUGUACAUGGCGAAGCACCCGCUCAACUGGGCCAUCACGCCCAACAACGUGGAGAUGCAGGUGGGCCCGGCCAGCGGCGUGCAGGUGGUGUCGACGGCUCUGGCGCAGCGCAUCCGCGAGGGCAUCGUGCCGUGCCUCACCGGCGUCGGCAUGGACGCGGUCUCCAACUGCGUGCUGGCCAUUGGUCACACGCGGCUGGCCCUGGAGCCCGACGGCCUCGACAUCCGCGCGCGCCCCGAGUUCAUCCACGUGCAGGCUGGUGGCGAGCUCAAUGCUCUUAAGUUCCACAUCCACGUGGACAGGAUCUAA